AUGAUGAGGUUGACCUUCACCGUUGGCCUGGCAGCGAUCGUGCUGCUGCUUGCGGUUGGUCACGCUGAGUCAGCAAAAAUUGUGUGCGUUUUCCCAACAGCGAGCAAAUCGCACGUUUUGGGUGCCCAAGCCCUGCUAAAGGAAUUCGCCCGGCGAGGACAUGAGGUGACGAUGGUCAGUGCGUUUCCGUUGAAAAAGCCACCGAAAAACUAUCGCGAUGUGUACGUGCCGAUUGAGGACGCUUUCUCGGCGAUCAUGAGCGACUUCAUGCAGGGUGGCAGCAGGAAUAUGCUAAAGAUGCUUCCGAAGAUCGUUGGCGUCUCGCAGGAUGUCUCCAACAAGACGAUUAAUGCACCCGAGUUCCUGAGGUUGGCUCGCGAGGAACAGUUCGAUCUAGCGAUCGUGGGCUACUUCAUGAACGGUUUCGUGCUUGGUGUUGGCGAACUGUUCCGGUGUCCGACGGUGCUUUACUUCUCGGCCACCGUUAGCGGUCUCACGAACGUGGUGGGCAACCCGAUUGAGGUGGCAUCGGUGCCGCAUUUGCUGCUUGGGCAGCGGAAUCCCAUGACCUUCGUUGAUCGCGUGAUCAACACCGUCCUCCACGGAGUGGAGAAGGUGAUAGUGCAGUAUAUCCGACAUUUGACAUUGCCGUACUAUGAAUCGAAUUUUCCCGCUGCAAAAGGUUUCCGAAGCUACGAUGAGACACUCCGGAACGUGUCCCUGGUGCUGCUGAACACCUACUUCACUCAGACAGUGCCUAGAGCGUACCUUCCCAACAUGGUCGAGGUGGGAGGUAUUCAGAUCAACGCCAAACCGGAACCGCUUGCUGACGAUUUGCAACAGUUCCUCGACGGUGCUGGUCGAGAUGGAGCGAUCUUCAUAAGCUUCGGCUCGAAUCUGCGCAGCUCCAACAUGCGCCAGGACAAACUGGAGGCAAUCCUUGGCAUGAUCAGCAAGCUGAAGCAGCGUGUGAUCUGGAAAUGGGAUCAAGACGAGAUGCCAAACAAGCCGGCGAACGUGUUCAUCGGCAAAUGGCUACCGCAGGAUGCGAUUUUGGCUCAUCCAAACAUGCGGCUGUUCAUCACCCACGGUGGUCUCGGAAGCAUCACGGAAGCGAUGUACCACGGGGUUCCGAUAGUGGGCAUACCGAUGUUCGGCGAUCAGGAUGCCAAUGUAGCGCAGGUAGUUCGAGAAGGCUGGGGUUUGUCGGUGAGCUUUGACGAUCUGACGGAACCGUUGCUGAGUGGUGUCGUGCAGGAGGUAUUACGAGAUCGCAAGUAUCGUGAACACAUCCGAAAGCAGGCCCUACUGUAUAAGGAUCGUCCGAUGGGAGCGCUGGAAACGGGCGUUUUUUGGGUCGAGUACGUUAUUCGGCAUCGUGGAGCGCCACAUCUGCACUAUCAGGGUGCGGAUUUGAAUACGUUCCAGUUGGUACUGUUGGACGUGUUUGCGGUUCUUGGCGCGGUGCUGUAUGUGGUGUUUAAAAUCAUUUCGUUUGUUGGGCGAAAAGUGAAACACGCCCUAUUUGGGAAACCUUCAUCGAAUCAGCAAACGAAGAGGAAACAGAAGAAGGCUUGAACGUACUAAAAGCGAACUCUUCUCAUACUCAGGCAUUUUUCUUUAUAAGAAUAAGGUCCCUGCGGCUAACGUAAGAUAGAUUUAAUUCAACGUGCGAUGGAUGAGCAAAAU